CAUCAGUUUCUACUGUAAAACAAACAAACAAACCAAAUUUAUCUACCAUGUUCGCUAAUUUCAAGGUUUUAUAUGCCAUUGCAUUGGCAUUAUCUUUUGCAACCUCUAACGCUGCCGCUGUUCCUGGUUUCCAGAAGAGAGAAAAUGGAGCCAUCAAGUUAGACUUCAAUAUCGAAAGACCUGACAAGCUCAUUCUCAACGGUAACUUCACCAAAAGAGCCGAUGAUUACAACUACGCUUUGAUCAACGAAGGCCUGUACUAUGUGGCUGAGAUUCUUGUUGGUUCCAACCAACAGGCGGUCAAGGUUGAUGUCGAUACUGGCUCAUCCGACUUGUGGGUGGUUGAUACCUCUUCAGGUAUUUCUGGUACCUACGGGGUUUAUGACCACACAACGUCUUCUACCUUCCUGAGAAUUGCUUCUGGAUUCGCAGUCGCGUAUGCAGAUCAAUCCCACGCAGAAGGUGAUUGGGUUUCUGACACCAUUCAACUCGGAGGAACCGGGGGUCCAUCACUCAAGAACCAGGAGUUUGGUGAUGCUACCACCUCCACCAUCAAUUUUGGUAUUUUGGGAAUUGGUUUCCCAAUUAACGAAGCUACCGCGGACAAGUACCAAAAUGUUCCACAGUCUUUAGUCAGUCAAGGAUACAUCCACAAAAAUGCUUAUUCGCUUUACUUGGACUCGUCCGAUGCUGCUCAGGGAAGUGUUCUUUUCGGUGGUAUCGAUCACGCCAAGUACAGUGGCUCUUUGGUGUCCAACCCAGUUGUGUCCCAAAAUGACUUGGACCUCAAUGUCAAUUCUGUUACCACCAAUGGACAGACUAUCGACAUCGGUUCCAACUACGUGCUUGACUCCGGUACAACUAUCAACUACCUUGACCCAACUGUUCUUGCUAACCUUGCUUCGGCUCUUGGAGCUAAAUACUCCAGUUCAGGAUUCUAUUACUUUGAUUCCGCUUCUGAUGCUAAAGAUAUCAGCGUCAACUUUGAUGGUGUUUCUGUCACCAUCCCAGCUUCCUAUACCGUUGGUGCAUUCUAUGACGGUGAUGGAAAUGCUCUUACUGAGACUGGAUUUUUGUUUUUGCCACAAACCAAUUACCACAUCUUAGGAGAUGUAUUUUUGAGAAAUGCUUAUGUGGUCUACGAUCUUGACGCAAGAACUAUUUCUUUGGCUCAAGCCAAGUUCACGAGCGAUGAGAAUAUCACUGUUAUUUCUUAAGGAGACUGGUUCUCUAGCUAUUUGUUUAGUUCUUUUUCUGUUGUUUAGUUUUUUGAAAAUGUACUGAUUUGAUUUUCAUAUCU